AUGCCGCCUGCCCCGCCACCACCAUCCCGCCUAUCCUGGAGCAGGGAGCACCCUCCCCCGUUACUGACCGAUGAACCACCCCCCAACCGUAGGGUCCGCACGCUUACCGGCAAGGAGAUCGAGCUCGACGUCGAGGGGAGCGAUCAGGUCUCCAAAAUCAAGGACCUCGUCGAGGAGAAGGAGGGUAUCCCGCCCGCACAGCAGCGUCUCAUUCACGGUGGCAAGCAGAUGGUCGACGACAAGACGGCGGAUGACUACGCCCUAGUCGGCGGGGCCACGCUGCACUUGGUUCUGGCGCUCAGGGGAGGGCUAUGA